GUACUUUUUUUGUUGAAAAUUUUCGUUAUAUAAUUAACACAACAUCCAUCCAUAUCUAAAGGUGUGAUCUUCAUCAUCGUCUUCAUCAAUUCGUCAUGGGUAAAGCUCUGCAAAUAUGCAAAAGAAUAGGGGCUUGUUGCAUAAAUACUUUUGACACUGUUUUCCCCUCUCCUCCCACGCUCGACCCCGGAAAUCUCUCUUUCACGGGUGGCAGAAAGAAGUCGAGGCUGUCUUGAAAAGCUUUAAGGGAGUGAGAAAUUUUACUAUGAGCGGAGACGGAAAGACAUUGGUGACGGGGGAGGCGGAUUUGAAAAUGCUAUUGAAGAUGCUGGAAAAGGCUAAAAAGUCCAUCAGGGCUAUUUGGGUUCAAUUGGGCCAGUGUUCUGAAAAUAUGUUAUCUAUUAAUGGGCUUGAUCCUCGCCAAGACGGCCCAACUCGGCCCAUCAGGGUCGGCUUCCGAUCCGGCAACGACGCCGUUUGGCAACAACCGACCUCCCAAAUAAUCCGGACGCCUGCGCUUUAUGAUUAUUACUCAUAUAAUUACGAUGGUGCCCCUCACAAUCCGGCCCCUUUUUAUUAUCAAUACUAAUAAUGGUGUAGUUCAAAACUCAUAAGAUGUUUACCUCCGAUUUCAUCCCUACUGAGCUUGACAAUGCUUUGAACAACAGCGAGGAAAAAUGGCUUCCUAGGUUGUUUGAUCUCUAUACCAUUAGGGUGUCAUUUCACUCAUUGGGCAAAUGGCUGAAUAUAUAGUGUAUCCGAGCAAGGUCUCCAUUGUUCUUAAUGAUUUAAUCUGUGGUCAAUUCUAUAUAUGUGAAAGCAUUUUUUCUUUGUGUUUUUUCUCUUUAGUGGGAGGCUGGAAUUCAACAUUCUCUAUAGGUGAAAAGU